AUGCAGCACUCCACCCGGCGGCAAGAGCAUGCAGCGGCAGCGGCAACGGCGACGGCACAGCAACCCGACAGUAGCCAGUGCGCGCAACCCGAGAAGCCUAGAAGUGGCGGGUCACGAUGCGCCACGCUGGGGUUAGUGGCGCCGGCCGCCGCCACACGGGGAUGGUGGACCGUGACCGGGAAGCUCAGAAGGGGGGCCCAGGGACGUGACCGCGUCGGCUCACGGUGCGCCGCGCUGGAGGAGAAUGCAGCACUCCACCCGGCUGCGAGAGCAUGCAGCGGCAACGGCGACGGCACAGCAACCCGACAGUGGCCAGUGCGCGCAACCCGUUCGACGGUGACUCCCUGUGACCGUUCGCCGACAAAAAGUGAGCAACAGAGAGCGAGGGAAAGAGGAGACAAGGGCUCGGGAGCUUCGAAACCUUGGUGCAAAACGCGGCAGUGGGCUCUAGGCGACGGAAAGGCAGCAAGCAAAGGCUUCAACGGCGGCGGCGGGCGAGCUUUGCAUCGACGGCGAGAUCCGAAGCGAGCAUGCGUGCGGCUGGGAGCUAGGGCAGAGGCGGCGGCGUGUAGAUGCGAAACGGGGCGCUAUUUAAGGGCGGGGCGGCGUGGGCAGCACGCCAACUGGCAUAGCGGAGGCGAACUUGGCGGCUGUGCGGUGUCCGGCUCGGAACAGGGUCCGGGUUGGGGCGGCUCAGGUGGAAGACGGACCUAA